GGGCUGGCUCUUUAAAUCGUUUUCUUUACUUGCUAUCGUCUUGGCUAGCUUGCCUGGAUUUUCUUUGGCAACUGGUGCUCAUCAUGGGACUGUGUCUCAGUGUAGGAGCCAACCGCAGCCGUCCUGGAAAAAGAAAAGCAAUGAACCCAAGAUAUAGAAGCCAAUUAUUGAUGAGGAGAAAUGAUAUGAAUGCUUCAGGAGAAAAGGGUGAAGUCCUGCAGCAUCCAGAGUUGAAGAUGUUUAGAUUCAGUGAGCUCAAAGCAGCUACCUUGGAUUUCAAUCAGAAUAACGUUGUGGAUCAAGGUGGCUAUGGUCCUGUGUUCAAAGCCUGGAUUAAUUUGGAUACGUUAACAGCUGCCUCGCCUGAGACAGGCAUGCUUGUUGCUGUCAAAAUGCUUGACCAAAAUGGUUCCCAUGAUCUUCAGGAAUGGCUGACAGAAAUCAAGCAGCAGGCACCAUUAUGCCAUCCAAAUAUAGUGAAGUUGAUAGGUUAUUGCUUGGAAAAUGCUCACUGGCUUCUUGUCUACCAGUAUAUGCCCAACGGCAGCUUGGAGAAUCAUCUCUUUACAAGAGGUAAUCUUUCUUGGAAACAGCGUAUAGAAAUUGCUGUUGGUGCUGCGAGGGGAUUAGCAUUUCUUCAUAAUGAGGCAGACGUUGUAUUUCGAGACUUCCAUACAUCUAAUAUCCUACUUGACUUGAACUUCAACGCUAAACUUUCACACUUUGGAUUAACAAAGGAUGGACCAUCAGAUGCUAAAUCCCAUAUCACCACAAGAGUAUUGGGCAUGGAGUGGUAUUUGGCCCCCGAGUACAUCAACACUGGUCAUUUAAGGAAAAGUGGAGAUGUAUAUAGCUAUGGAGUUGUAUUGCUGGAGGUGUUGAGUGGGAGGAGAGCCAUGGAGAUGAACAUGGAAACACCAGAAAGAAAUUUAGUUAAGUGGGCAAAGCCAUGGCUUAACCAUAAACGCAAAUUUCUCAACGUAGUGGACCCUCGUCUCAAUGGGCAAUUUUCAUCAACUGAUGUGUUGAAAGCAGGGCAGCUCGCAUACCAAUGCCUCUCAUCGGACCCAAACCAGAGACCUAAGAUGGAUGCUGUUGUAAAAGCCUUGGAACAACUAGCUUCUUCACUUCCUUCCGAAAGAGACACUUCUGCCUUUUAGAAAUUUUAUAAAAUUUUCUGAAAUUAAUGUGUGUUUCUUUUAUUUUAAAAAAAUGUUGUGAUUUAGUAUAUUUCAUGAUUGUUUAAUAUUUUUUUUAUACUGUAAAUACAAGUAAGAAGGAAGGGAAUAAUAGAAUUGCUUGAUAUUUAUGAUUAAAUUUAAAUUUUAUAGUGGAUAAUAAUUUUAUUA